GGUUACGAUUUACUAAAUAUUCCCAAAAGAACGAUCAAGGAGGUAUUGAAAGUGAUAAUACAGGUUUAAUAAUUCCUGUACCACCUGAUCCUACAGAUUUUCAAGGCCCUAUUCAUGAUUUGAAGCUUUAUAUUUCUAAACGUCCUGAAAAUUAUCAAACUCCUUAUUUACAUCUUCGAAUUAACAAUAAAUUUGCAUAUGAUCCAGAAGAACCUUGGUAUUGUGAUACCCGACUUGGCGAAAAAUUAUGUCAAUCAUUUAUGAAAAAUGUCUGCAAUAUAGUUGGUAUUGACACCAAAAACCGUAGUAUUACUAACCAUUCUGGGAGAUCAACUUCGAUUACCGCUUUAUUUAGACAAGGGGUUCCUAUGGUAACAACGAUGGCAAUUACAGGCCAUAAAAGUGAGUCCUCUUAUCGGGUUUAUGCAAGACCUUCCGGAAAAGAUAAGGAAGAUGCAUUAUCAAGCUUGAUCAAUAAUAUUGAGCUACCCUUAAAACAAGUUGAC